AUGGUGGAUGAAGAUGCCACAGAGGCAGUACCGUUGCUGGAUUCCCAGCAGUGGAUUGCCAGAUGCCAAGUGGCUGAGGGUAACACCUGCCAGCCAAUUGCCAUCAGCAAGGAACCAUCAAAUGCCUUGUGGCAGGUUGAGGGCGGCAUCACAAGCCCUGUGCAACCUGUGCCUGAUGCCCAUUGCAUUGAUUCACCUGAUUCAGUCCACCUGGCAGAUCCUUUAGCAGUGCCAACAACUAUCAGGAGAGACCAUAAACAGGAAGAUUCAAAGUGCAAGUUGCCCAUUCCAUCAAUGAUACCCAUGCACUGGACUGGCAUAGACAAUGUGAGGGGUAUGCAGCAAUCAAAAUGGAUGCAGAAGGCACUAAAGCAGCCUGAUGAUGAUGUUCCUACUCCUAGUCCCUCCAAGAAACGUAGGUGA